UUAUACCUGCGACAUGUGGUGAUAUUUAAAGACGACCCGUAUAUCCUACAUUUUUUUGAUCGCCUUAAUAAAUGACAACCAAGCAGCCGAAACUUGACGUUGGCAAGUGAAAGAUCGCAUAUUUUUCAAAUCGAAUAACUAGACGAGACCAAAUUUUUGUACGCGAACACAUAAUGACCAACACAUGAAGAAGCCCAGAAAAAAUUCGCAGUAGAUACUUAGUAUUUAAAUGCUCGGUUAAAAAUCUGGAGUCUGCGCAGCUUGGGAUAUACAUCUCGAAAGUAUGGCUACGCGCCUCAGCCCGAAACAUUCUGAAGUAAACGCAUUGGAACAAAGAGGUUACCUCAUAGGCAAAAAGAUUGGUCAGGGAUCGUACGCGACUGUACAUUUGGCCGACUACGUGGACAGUAGCGGACCAAAAAAGAUGCGUCUGGCCUGUAAGAUAUUCGACAGGGAAAAGGCGCCUCAAGAUUUCCUGGACAAGUUUUUCCCUAGGGAAUUGGAAAUACUGACGAAGAUCGAGAACCCGCACAUUAUCCAGGUGCACAGCAUACUGCAAAGGGGCCCGAGAGUUUUUAUUUUUAUGAGAUACGCCGAUAAUGGCGAUUUGCUGGAUUUUAUCAAGCGCAACGGCGUGGUUCCGGAACAGCAAGCGAAAAUAUGGUUCCGUCAGAUGAUCAGCGGCCUCCAGUACCUCCACGGCAAGAACAUCGCUCACAGGGACCUGAAGUGCGAAAAUAUCCUGCUGAGCAAAAAGUUUAACGUGAAAUUAGCCGAUUUCGGAUUCGCUAGAUACUGCGUAGACGCAGACAACCGUCGUAUACUUAGCCAGACGUAUUGUGGCUCGGCGGCCUACGCCGCCCCUGAAGUCGUAAACGGUAUUCCCUACAACCCGAAAUUAUCAGAUAUUUGGUCGCUCGGCAUCGUUCUCUACAUUAUGCUUAACGCGUCCAUGCCUUUUGACGACUCGAAUCUUAGAACGCUGCUCAAAGCGCAGAUGACCAAAAAUUGGUUGUUUAGAUCGCGCGUGCGCGCGACUCUCUCCCCUACUGUUAAAUCUUUGGUGAGGCAACUACUAGAACCGGAUCUGACCAUGCGCAUAACAUUGGAGAGGGUGACGCAACACGAAUGGUACAAAACGAGAAAAGAGAGGCCGCCCACACUUAUGGGUAGACUAGUGCAUUCGGCGCCACAAGGGCAACUUGCCGGGAAAUCGGUCUCUGGAGAAAAUAACAACCACAAAGCGGUUUCGGGAGAUUUUCAAAAUCCGGACGUGAAAAAGAGUCAGAUGAUGAUUGCGCUGGGCCUUUGUUGACAUUUUUUAUUCGAAAAAUUCGUUUACAAAGGGAUUACUGAAAG